GGUUUGCCGGACUACCAGUCAGUCAGUAAAUUAAUACAUUAUUAGCUUGGGUUGCGAUUAGUGCACUACGUAUUUCUUUUAAUAUUCAAUUAAAAAUGAAGCUGCUUUUAGUCUAUGUAGUGGCUAUUACUGUGUUGGCCGAUGCUAGAAUAUUGCCGCAAAUCAAUUAUUAUAAGUACAAAUUAUUUGUUCCUACCAAUAUCGAGAACUCAAUUGGUGACGCGACCGAGGAGUCCACCAAUACAGCCGUGGUAGCCAACAAUCUGUAUAUUCCUAUGGACAUGAAGACGUGUUACAAUAACACAUGUGAUAUUACCUGUAAAAUUCUCGGCUACAAUCAUGGCCAAUGUGUAUCUACGAGCACAUGCCAUUGUUUCAAUUAAACAAGUAUUAAUAUAUUAAUAAAAUUUGUAUACGUGACUAUUUUAUAGUUUCUUUCCUUUCAUAUAACUUUUAAUAAAUGAUGAAGUGCCA